CCCUGGGUGUAGAUGGCCCCAAAGACCAGCCCAGAGAGAGAGAGUAAUGGCGGAGGCGUCUGUUGUCAACCCCGCGCCAUUGACUCCCUCCCUCCCCGCACCCUCCUCGGCACUGGCUGUGUGAAAACAUGGACGGGAUCCUCUCCCUCAAGUGGAACAACCACCUCUCGGUCCUCUUCAACACCCUCUCCUCCCUCUACAAGAAGGACCUGUACAGUGAUGUGACCCUCGCCUGCAGCGGCAAGUUCUUCCCCGUGCACAAGCUGGUCCUGUCGGCGUGCAGUGAGUUCUUCGAGGAGCUGUUCCGGCAGACACCAUGUUCGCACCCAGUGGUCAUCCUCAAGGACGUGUCGGUGGGUGACCUGGAGGCCCUGCUAAGCUACAUGUACCUUGGGGAGGCGAAUGUGGCACAGAGCGACUUGGCGCGGCUCAUUAAGGCAGCGGAGUGUCUGUGCAUCAAGGGCUUGGCUGUUCCGGAUGAGGGCGGCGAUGGCGGCUCAUCCGGGACCAGCAAGAGGCGUCACCCGUCGUCCUCGGAUGAUGCGAGUCACGUCAAGCGGCGGAAGAGCGAUUUGCCUUCAUCGUCCACAGCGGCGUCUUCAGCGUUGUCGUCCGGGGGUGGUAAAACGGGUACAAGUGGAGCUGGAGGUGGAAGCGUUGGUGGUGGUGGAGCAGCGUCAUCGUCCACUCCUCCACCGUCGUCUGCUGGUGAUGGGGAGCAGAGGAAUGGUGGUGCCCCCCCCUCCCGUCCCUCCCAUCGCCACAGUCCGGGUGAAGGGGGGGGAGGGGGGUCCUUGCCUCACGCCACACAGAAUUUGGCCGAGGUCAUACUUGAAGAUGACUCCCCCAUCAUGAUCAAGGAGGAGGUGGAGCUGCAUGAACCCAAGUGCGAGGCGGAGGUGGAGGUGGAAGAGGUGAUGAUCGAGGAUGAGGCCAGCGGAGGAGGUGGAGGAAGAGGCGACUCCGUGGAUUGCGAUAAUGACCCUUCGUCGCGCGUUGGUGGUUCCUCGCUGUCCUUCACCUCCCCCGGGCUGAAUUCCGACGACGGGGCGGGGGAGGGGGACGGCGGCGGGGGCGGGGUGUCGCUCUAUGACCCCCAGACCCAGGCCCUUGCAGCGACGCACCCAAACAGCGGCAUCCUCUCUGACCUCAUGGUGUCGGGAAUGGCCGGUCCCUCGGUGCCAGGGGACCUGGGCGGAUGGGACUCAAUGGGCGCCUUCCCCCUUGAGGCUCUCCAAUCCGAGGACUCAAGAUCAUCGCAAACACUGGGCGUGCGUGGCGGCAGCAGCUUUGGGCGGGAGGGUUGCGGCGGCGGCGGCGGAGGCGGCUUGGCUGUCGCGGCGUCGGAGGGGGCGGCGCACCCCUGCCUGCUGUGCCAGAAGCGAUUCAGCAGCCGCCAGGAUUUGCGACGGCAUGUACGAACACACACAGGGGAGCGGCCGUACCAAUGCCCGCUGUGCCCUCACCGCGCGGCACUCAAGGGGAACAUAAAGAAACACAUCACGGCGGUUCAUCGCGACGCCAGCACCGCCAACGCCGCCGUCGCAAACGCGCUAGACGGGUUUGACGCCACGAGAUCGUCCGCCACGGAUCUCGACGCAUGUUCGCUGGCACCCCACGGCGGCUCCUACGCAGUCCCGAACCACCACCCCGCCCCCCAUGGCACCCUCGAUGACUGGUCCGCGCACGCCCACACGCCACCUAAGGGCCCCUAGACGCCUGACCUGACCCUUGACCUGCCCCUAUGUCGUUAUUCCUUCUCUUGGUUCGUCAUUUAUCGCGCCAUCCUUAUUCCUCUUCCUUGUAUUGAUUUAUUGUUCCUUUCUUCUUCAUCCUCCUUCCUUAUGUCCUUAUCCUUCUCUCGUUCUUUUUCCCUUCUUUCUAAUCCUGUUUCUCUCUUUGUUCCUAUUCCUCUAUUUCCUUCUGUUCUUCCUCCUCCUCCUCCUCCUCCUUUUGUUCUUUCUGUCUAUAUUUAUUUUCUUCCCUUCGUUCUGCUUCCCCUGUUUCUCUUUUCGGUCUUCUGCUCCUAUUUCUCUCUGUCCUUAUUCCUCCUCCUCCUCCUCCUUUUGUUCUUUCUGUCUAUAUUUAUUUUCUUCCCUUCGUUCUGCUUCCCCUGUUUCUCUUUUCGCUCUUCUGCUCCUAUUUCUCUCUGUCCUUAUUCCUCCUCCUCCUCCUCCUCCUCCUCCUGUUGUUUCUUUAUCUGUCUCAAUUUUACAAGCUCACAGGGUUGUUGAUGUGUUGCGUUUGGGUGUGUUGCGAGGGAGGACUCUGCUUUGCGUGUGUGCGUGUGUGUUACCUAGUCAGCGUGUAUGUGUGUGUGUUUGGAGGGGAGUGUUGAAAAGGUGACCUGAUUUUUGUAUACAGUCCAGUGUGUGUGUGUGUGUGUGUGUGUGUGUGUGUGAUGUUAAGCAAGUGGAGAGUUUUUUUAAUUUACGGUAAAGUUGCAUAAGGGAGAGAAGUUGCAGGAGUGUUUAUUAAGAAAGAAAUAUUAUACUAAAGACAGAGUUUUAAUUUAUGGGAGACUCGUAUAGAGGGAAAAAAACAUAAAUAAAUAAACACGAAAGGAAUAUUAUAUGGAUGGAAUGUUAGCUUUAGUAUGUGUGUGUCUGUGUGUGUGUGUGUGUGUGUGUGUGUGUAAGAAAACGAUAAUGAAAAGCUUACCCUAGUUUAUACAUAUUCGUCGGCGGAUGUAAACAAAACAAAAGCUGGAUUAAGGAGACGAAAAAUGACCAUGUUUUCGUAACGUUCGUAUAAAUCAACGUAAAUAAACAGUGACGACAUAGCCGGUGAAGACCCACACACUCACGUCCCAGCAUACCGACCACGCCUUCCGCUGCGAGUGUGGGCGAAGGAGUUUGCCGGAAGAACGUAAGAUCGAGACGUAGAGGCCGACCACUCGUAAGAAAAACCACAACAUUACGAAACGGCUCGGAAAAUGACACACUGAAACAGUCGUAUGGAAAUCGUUAAAGUGUUACGUGUUCUCUCUCUCUCUCUCUCUCUCUCUCUCUCUCUCUCUCUCUCUCUCUCUCUCUCUCUCUCUCUGUGUCUGGAAUAUGCCAUGCCCCGUGACCGAACGUUUAAGAUGUCUAACAGAAAAAGAAGAACGAUAUUAUAUGAGUGAAGUACGUAUAGGAAAAGCCAAAAAAGGACUUGCGAUCUUACGUAGCGUACUCGUAAUGAAAACAACAAUCUUACAACACACAUCUUUAACCGUGUAGCAGCGACGGGCCAAAUUUGUGCCAUGAUAUAAACCCCCCCAAAAAUAGAUGAUGCAUAAACUGAUCACAAAUGCUUUGAUAUAUAUUAUGAAAUGGUUUGUGUGAGCGAUGAUUUUUUCUCAUUUUUCUCGCUUCGAGGGACCAUUAAGAAACAUGAUCCCUGCAGGUACCGGGUUAACUAUCGUGUGAAUCGUAUGAAAACCGGCGAGUGAAGAACACGGAAACUUGCGUCUUAAUAUCGAACUGGAGAAGCAAACAUGACCGCACCAGGAAAAACAAACUACGCAAGGGUGGGGAAGUGGGGGAGGGGGACGGGACUGAGGCUGGAGGAGGACUGGGGCUGGGACGUGGGGUGAAGAGAAGGAGGGAUGGUGUUUUUAGGGUGUUGGGUGAGGUGCGCACUGUCAUUUUCGUAAACGGUCAAACGGAAGGAACAGCAAAAUGAAGAACUCGGAAUCUUGUGUCUAAAAUAUCGAACUGGGGAAGGAAACAUAACUGGUCUUAUUCGUAAACAGUCAAACAGAAGGAACGGCAGAAAUGAAGAACUCGGAAUCUUGUGUCUAAAAUAUCGAACUGGGGAAGGAAACACGACCGGUCUUAUUCGUAAACAGUCAAACAGAAGGAACGGCAGAAAUGAAGAACUCGGAAUCUUGUGUCUAAAUAUUGAACUGGGGAAGCAAACACGACCGGUCUUAUUCGUAAACAGUCAAACAGAAGGAACAGCAAAAUUAAGAACUCGAAAACUUGUGUCUAAAAUAUCGAACUGGGGAAGGAAACACGACCGGGCUUAUUCGUAAACAGUCAAACAGAAGGAACGGCAGAAAUGAAGAACUCGGAAUCUUGUGUCUAAAAUAUCGAACUGGGGAAGGAAACACGACCGGUCUUAUUCGUAAACAGUCAAACAGAAGGAACGGCAAAAUGAAGAACUGGGAAUCUUGUGUCUAAAAUAUCGAACUGGGGA